AUGUUUCACUAUGGGAAGAUUAAGUUCAAUCAGUGCAGCGCUUGUAACAACAAGGACUGGUGUUUUGUUAUUCCAGGCUGGCCUAGUGAAGAAAAGAUCAAUCCUGCCUUCUGGACUUGUUGCAAUCGAUGCAAAUGGCACCGUGAGAGUGUUUUUUGGUUCAAGGUGAUGCGUGUCUAUGUUGUGCCAGGGAAUCCAUACCCUUAUAAUUAG